AUGGAAAUCAUUGGCCUUGUCACCCCUAUUGGUCCUUUAUCUGAAGAAAACCACAAGAGCGACGAGAAUUUGUUGCCACUGGAGUGUGAAGGGACAAUGGAAUGCCACGCACGAGACAGUGAUGCUGUUGGGUUAGAUACAAGAGUGGAAGGUGUUGUCUGUGAGCCCACUGACCUUCAGAAUAAUAUACAAGUUUAUGAUGUCGAGUUGACUGUUCUAGGAAACUACACAGGUCGAGGCUUGCCCCUUGAUUUCCUUGAGAGUAAAACGACUGGUGAACUCAUUAAGGGCUACCCUGUUGAUGUGGAUGUUUUAGAGGAUUGUUCUUCAGCGAGUAUUCAUUAUCACCUCCCAGUGGUUAGGAGAAUUGGGAAGAAGAGGCUGAGACGCGGACAUGAUGGAAGAUGGAUGAAGAGGACCCCACUACGUUUUCCCGCUGUGUCCACGGCCGUGCGUGCCAUGUCCACCGCUGUGCAGACAAAAAAGAACUCAAACAAGGACCCGUUACUUGAGGAAUGCUCCCUGCUAUUGACACUAGCUGCGAAAGCCUCCCUGCUGCAUACAUGA